AUGGCCAUGGUGACCAUACGUCGUAUAGAGACCGCCGCCGAUACUCUCUACAAGUCUCAACUCAUACGAGGCUUCUGUCAUCUCAGCACCGGUCAGGAGGCGGUCGGGGUGGGAUUGGAGACAGCACUGACACAAGAAGACAAGGUCAUCACAGCCUACCGAUCCCACGGCUUCACCUAUUUGCGCAAAGGAUCCAUCCUCCCCAUCGUCGCAGAACUCCUCGGUCGCAAGAUCGGCAUCUCUGGCGGAAAAGGCGGAUCCAUGCACAUGUUCACACCCAACUUUUUUGGCGGCAACGGCAUUGUCGGUGCUCAGGUCCCCCUGGGUGCUGGGAUCGCGUUCGCGCAAAAGUAUCUUGGAAUGAAGGCGGCGACGUUUGUAUUUUAUGGUGAUGGGGCUGCGAAUCAGGGGCAGGUGUUUGAAGCGUUCAAUAUGGCCAAGCUGUGGGAGUUGCCGGCGGUGUUUGUUUGUGAAAACAAUCAAUAUGGGAUGGGGACUUCUGCUGCGCGGUCCUCUGCAAAUACAGACUACUACAAGCGAGGCGAUUACAUCCCUGGUAUCAAGGUGAAUGGAAUGGACGUGCUGGCGGUCCACCAAGCAAUCGCCUACGCACGCGAGUGGGCUCUAACUGAACACAAGGGACCCCUCCUCCUCGAGAUGGAGACCUACCGCUACAGAGGGCACUCCGUUUCAGACCCAGGAGUCUCCUACCGCUCCCGUGAGGAGAUCCAAAAAGUCCGAUCGGAAAACGAUCCCAUCACCCACUUGAGGGAACGACUCUUGGAAGCCCAGAUCUUGUCUGAAGCUGAACUCAAGGACAUGGAGAAAGCUGCGAAGGCUGAGGUGGAUAAGACGGUGAAGGAGGCCGAGGAGAGUGAGCAACCGGAUAUGAAGACGUUCUGGACGGAUGUGUACGUGAAGGGCACUGAGGUUCCGUUUUUGAGAGGACGCGAGCCCCAGGAGACUCACUUUUAUAGGAAGUAG